CAGAACUUUGGUACACUGCCGUGUUUUUGUCGCUCGCUCGUUUACCGUGAUGGAGAAAAUCCCAGAUAAGGAACGAAAACCUGACCAACGUUAUCCGUUGGCAAAACUAGCUAGCCCUUUGCUCGUUGUGGUGAUAGCGGGCCUGAUUGCGUGUGUAAUAUUUCAAUUCAUUACUUUGGCCUCUACGGAAAGACGACUUAAGGAAGUUGAGAAAAAGCUGAAUGAAAUUUCAAAGAAACGUUCGGAGUACACCCAGUCUGAGAUGGAGACAAACGGACUGCUAAGCUCCUCAAGACACAGGAGAAGUGCUAAUCCUAAGACUAAUUUGUCAGAUCUCACCAAGAAACUUGUAGCACUGGAGAGCAGGACAGAUAACCUUUUGAAAGAAUUGCGUCUCAAGUCUUCCCUUGGAGGUCGAGACGGAAGAGAUGGCAUGUCAGGCUCCCCUGGACCUGCUGGACGGGAUGGAAGAGAAGGACCCGCAGGACCGAGAGGACUUCCGGGACCAAAAGGUGACGUCGGCCGAACGGGAAGUACUGGACCCCAGGGACCUCCUGGCCCUCAAGGAAAAAAAGGACAAGAAGGAUAUGGGCUGUCAGGUGUCAGUUACAACCGCUGGGGACGAAAGAACUGCUCUGGCGAUGCAACUUUAGUGUACAGAGGAUUUAUGGGCAGUGGAUAUUAUACACACACUGGUGGCGGAACAAACUUCGUUUGUCUCACCGACAAUCCAAUUUAUGGAAAAGUCAUUGCUGGCUGGCAAGGUACAGCAGCAAUCUAUGGCACCGAGUAUCAAACCUCUGGGUUCCCAGGCCUUUCGAACCUAGACCAGCAUGAUGCACCGUGCGCUGUGUGUUACGUCAGGAAACGUGGCUCCCAAAUAAUGAUACCUGGAACAAAUAAGUGCCCCUCGGGAUGGGCCAGAGAAUACAAGGGGUAUCUGAUGAGCUCACACUAUGACCACGCCCACCCCAGUGAAUAUGUAUGCAUUGACGAGGGUGCAGAGGCUAUACCUGGAAGCCACAGCGACACAAAUGGAGCCCUUUUGUAUAUGGCACAGGGAGAUUGUGGACACGCCUUAACAUGCGGACCGUACAUCCAUGGGCAUGAACUGACGUGUGUUGUCUGCACAAAGUAGUUUCGUCAAAUUAAAAUGACAAUGGCCA